AUGCCUGCUGCUAAACACAAAUCACCGCAGCUGAAGUCACUGCAAACGAAGCUACGCGGACUGCAGACGUCUUUCGGCAAUAUGUAUCGAUUUAUGGAACAGCACCGGGAUGAUACGAAUUUGGCGGAGGUCGACGUACGACUGGAGCAGCUAGAUCGCAUGUGGGACAGAAUGAACGAGGCUAUUAACGACGUUGAGUCCCACGAAGAAUCGAUUGCCGAUACGAACAGUUUCGUGAAGGAUCGCAUCGACUUUGAAAAUCGGUUCUACGAGCUAAAAACAUUUCUCAUUGGUAAGCAAAAGGAAGAUUGUGAUCAAACCAUAUUAAAUCAGACUACUCGCUCUCUCGAUAAUCCCCCCACCUCUACCCCUCAUGUGCGGUUGCCCCAAAUUACCCUUCCAAAAUUCAGUGGCAAAAUAGACGAAUGGCUUACGUUUCGUGAUCUCUUUACGUCACUAAUUCAUUGGCAGACUGAUCUUCCUGAGAUAGAAAAGUUCCACUACUUGCGUAGCCAGCUAGAAGGGGAAGCGCUAACGGUUAUAGAUUCUCUCCCUCUCAUUAAGGCAAAUUAUACCGUCGCGUGGGAAUUAAUAACGAAGCGAUAUUCAAAUACGAAGGUUCUUCGCAAACGACAGGUACAAGCUCUCUUCGAGUUACCAACGGUUAGGAGAGAAUCGGCUGAUGAGUUACAUACCCUUCUGGAUACUUUCGAGAAAACUAUUAAGUCACUUGAUCAAGUCACCCCUCAACAGGCUGAUUAUAAGGAUAUGCUAUUGGUUCAUCUUCUAUGUUCGCGCUUGGAUCAUGGCACGCGUAGAGCAUGGGAAGAAUUUUCUUCGUCUAAGGAAUCGGAUACGGUUAAGGAGCUGCUUGAGUUCUUGCAACGUAGAGUCCGAAUUCUGGAAUCACUGCCUAUCAAGUCCAAUGAACAUAAGGUAGAAUAUACACAGCCUAAACUUCCAAAGGGACCAACCUCGGUUAAGGCAUACAGUGCAUCGAUUCAACAGUCAUCGGGUAGCAGUAAAUGUGUUCGCUGCUCGGAUAAUCACCCUCUCUAUCAAUGCCCAUCGUUUCAAAAAAUGAUCGUUUCCGACCGAGAUGCACUACUUAGAAAUCGUUUCCUGUGUCGAAAUUGCUUUCGCCGUGGUCAUCAUGCGAAAGAAUGCAGUUCCAAAUUCACUUGUAAGCAAUGCAAAGGGAAACAUCACACGCUAGUGUGCUUCAAGGGUAAACCAACCGAUGAAAAACCGAACGUGAAUAAUGAACCAAAACCGUCACCGACAGCUUCGGGUGAUGAGCUAACUGAAUCCAAAGUGGUCAACUUGGCGACUACUAGCAGGGUGGCCUGCAACGCAGCGGCUGGUUCAUCGACGGGUGUAUUUUUGCUCACUGCGAUUGUCACUCUGGAAGAUGAUCGAGGUGAACAGGUUCAUGCCAGAGCAUUGUUGGACAGUACUGCGGAAUGCAAUUUGAUCAGCAAUAGAGUGCGGAAACUACUUACGGUUAAGGAACACCGAUGCAUGGUUGAAGUCGUAGGCAUCCAAGGUUUGGCUACCCGGGCCCAGGGCAAAAUUACUGUUAAAGUAUGUUCGAGAUUUCCGGAUUUCUCCCAGCCAAUGGAUAUGUACAUUCUCCCGAAAAUCGCUGCACAAAUAACUUCAUCAUCGGUCGAUAUAAAUAAAUGGGAACUACCCAGCGGGAUCGAACUGGCAGAUCCAACAUUUUUCAAAGGUGGCUCAGUUGACCUGGUGUUGGGAGCUGAAGCCUUUUUCGACUUUUUCAUAACUGGUCGUAAAAUCCGAUUAGGGGAUACCUUACCUUCAUUGGUGGAUUCGGUGUUUGGCUGGGUUGUUACGGGCAAAUGUUUGGUGGAUAGUCCCAUUAAGUCUGUAAUUUGCGACAUCGCAAUCAGUAACAAACUAGAUACUUUACUGGAAAGGUUUUGGGAAACUGAAGACAUCGGUCAAGAUUACAAUCACUCUCCCGAGGAGGCUAGGUGCAUGGAAUAUUUUACACAAACUACACAACGGCAAGGUUCUGGUCGAUACACGGUGUCCUAUCCGAGGAAUAGUGAGGUGCUAUCCCAGCUUGGUGAUUCGAAAGCUAUAGCAGAGCGGAGAUUCAUGCAGUUGGAGAGACGUUUAGAACGAGAUCAAAAUCUACGAGAGCAAUAUGCAGCCUUCAUGAGCGAAUAUGAAUCUAUGGGCCACAUGCAUUUGAUACCCGAUGAACACAAUGCGAACGUUAAGCGAUGCUUCCUCCCACAUCACCCAGUGGUGAAGGAAGACAGCACAACAACUGAAGUGCGGGUGGUGUUUGACGCCUCCGCAAAACCAUCUACCAAUAUUUCUUUGAACGACAGUUUGCUGGUAGGCCCUGUUAUUCAGGAAGAUUUGCGCUCAAUUAUACUUCGGAGUCGUACACGUCAGAUUAUGGUGGUCGCCGACAUCGAAAAGAUGUUUCGGCAAAUCGAAAUUCGCCCCGAGGAUCGGCGGCUUCAGUGCAUUUUGUGGCGUCCCUCACCUAACGUUCCGAUUUCCAUAUACGAACUAGCGACUGUUACGUAUGGCACGAAGCCGGCACCAUUUUUGGCAACUAGGGUACUUAUGCAGUUGGCUUCAGAUGAGCAGCACCGAUUCCCACUGGCCGCGAAAUCAGUUAAGGAGGUUUUUGUUUUGCGGGAAGUACAAUGGGGUGCUUUGCAUCAUCAGACUCUCUCGAUAGCUAUAAGAUAG